AGUCAACCCACGUGUGGACAUUUCCUGUAGGGGGGUGGCCUGAUACAACACACUAAAGAGAUCUGUUUUGAGGUGUUUUUAAACUAUGGAUGAAUUACCUUCGGACCUCAAAGCAUUUCUACUUAACCACCCUUUCCUUCAGCUUACAGACGGCAAAAAGAUCAAAUGCACAUUGAAUGGCCACGAGUUUCCAUGCAACCUGACGGAGUUGCAGAAGUUCACUCAAGGGAAGAAAUACGAGAAACUGAGUGCUGCAGCAGAGUUCAACUACAGCCAGUAUGAACCACACGUUGUGCAAAGCUCAAAACAACCCAAUCAGCUCUUCUGUAAACUGACCCUCAGACAUCUCAACCGGCAGCCGCACCAUGUCCUAAGACAUGUCAACGGAAAACGCUUCAAGAAGGCCCUCACCAAAUACGAAGAGUGUGUGCAGCAGGGGAUUCAAUUCGUUCCAGCCAGACUGAAACAGAAAAAGCCUAAAGACACCGGAGAGGAGGUCAGUCGGGGGAGGGCCACAAAACACGGGAACAGCGCAUGGGAACCCUCAUCCAGUGACGAGGAGCACAGUGACUCCGAAGACAGCAUGAGCGACCUCUAUCCUCCAUCCAUGUUCACCUUAAAAAACUCGGCAGAAGAAAGUAUGGAGGGUGACGGGGAUGAGGAGGAAAAUGACUUCCAAACAGAUGACGACGAGGAAAUGGAGGUGGAGAAGCAGGCGGUGCUGAAACGCAAAAAGGUCCAGGGCGGUGGCUUUCAGAAGAAAUUCAGAAAUAAUCACUGGAAAUCAGGGCGGAAGAAACAUGGAAAAGUGAAAAAUGGAAAGUAAAAUGUAAAACCAUAUCUGUAUAGUAUUUUUAUACCUGGUGCUUUGUGAGAGAGCAAAACACCUCUGUUGGGUGUAGUAUUUCUAUGUCUGAGCCAGCCUGACCUUUGUCUUAGCAUCACAUUACUAUAUCACAACAGAUCAGGAGUUUUCUGAUUAUUUUUUUUUUCCUGCAAAGGUUGCAGUUUCAGCAAGGCUGGUUUACAUGACAUUGAACGUGUGAUUGUGUUAGUUAACACAUCUUUGGACUGGAUAGGUUGUGUUUCCUAGUUCACAAGCAGGAACCCUGGCAUAAAAUACAACUGUUUGGACUUGCCAA